UGCAUAAAGUUAAAGAACUGCAGAGAUGAAACCCAAAGCAGGAAGAAACAUGCCACCAAUGUACUGGAGGGGAACACACUGUGUCAUGUGAAUAGACAUGACAAAAACAGCCUUCUUUAAAUUACUUUUGGCAAUUGUGAUCGCAUUCAUUUUAAUUUUGCCAGAACAUUUUAAGACACCAAAAGGAAAUAUAUUGGAGCUAUCAUGUCUGGAAGUGUGUUUACAACCUAAUUUCAACUAUUCACUCCCCUCUUUAAAUUUUUCUUUUGUGACUUUUCUGAAACCAAUAAGAGAAACUCAGACUAUUAUGGGAAUCUUUCUAAAUCACUCCAACUUUCAAAACUUCACCAGAAUUUGCCAAGGCAUCACGAAUGAAUUUAAAAUGUGCUCCUCAUGUUUGGCUUGUGAGUCCACAAAACUCAUGGAUUUUAUUUCUCAGGAACAAACACCAAAAGUUCUUACCAUGAAAGGAUCAACGGAAAUGAAGGCAAAUGACUUUCAUUCACCUUGUCGACAUUUUAACUUCACUGUAGCUCCUAUAGUUGACCACUUGGAAGAACAUAACAUUACAUGUAAUCUUAAAACCCGCACCAGAACGUCAGCAAUUGUGGAAGAAGGUCCAAAGGAGGAAAAGUCUAUGAACCAUACUUGUAGGAUUAUGGAAUACCUGAAUAAUUGUACACACAUUUCUCUGCACCUAGAAAAGGAUGUCAAAAAUUUCACUUGUUCCAUGAAGAUCACUUGGUAUGUUUUAGUUCUAGUCGUUUUUAUAUUUUUGCUCAUCCUCACUAUCCACAAAAUACUUGAAAGCCACAGAAGAGUGUGGAAGUGGCAGAGUCAUAAAUACGAACGUACAUUUGUUCUCUUAAAAGGAAAGGAUUCUGAGAAACUGCGAACACUGAACGUGCAGGUCAUUUCAGACAAAACCAUGCUGGGAGUCAAAUCACGGCCAAGGCUUGCUUGGGACCAAGCAGAGACUGCCCUUGACUCCGGUCAAGAAAGCGCUUCCUCCAAUACCAGAACUAGAAGUUACUUCCACGAUGCAUCUGCAAGAUCAGUAUACACGAAUAUCCCUCUGAAUUCCUCCGGACCAUUUGGACUAAACCCUUUUGAAGAAUACUCAUAAUUUUAUUUCAGGAAUGAGUUAACUAGUAAAUAUAUGGGUCCAGCUGAGAAUGCACAAUGGGAACACUAGGAAUGGUCACUGGCUGAUGAAAACUGGCUCAAGAGCAUUCAUUUGGCCCACGAGAUCAAAGAAACCAGAGUUUUUUCAGGAAGCCAUCAUGAGUCAUGGAAAACAAGCUGAUGACACCCAUAAAAACAGUAAUGGGACGCUUCCUCUCCUUGUUUAUCUAUCAUUAUACAACUACAGUGGCCUCAAGAUUUUGAUAUUGAAAGGAACCAAAAACCAAGGUCAAGGAUGAAAAUCCUUUCUCUCAUUAGCCCACAUUGCAGAUUCUGAUUUGAUGGGUUUCCUAUACAGAGGGAUUGUUUCUAUUUGGCAAAUUACUUAAGAGGGCCUGGGUUGUUUGUUAAUGUAUUUGUUUGGAUUUAUAAAUUUUGUCUCCUUUUGGCACUGAGGAUGCUUUAAAAAAUUCAAAGAUACCAAAAUCAAAUGACUUUAAGUGAAAUACUAAGUGAAACUUGAAUAUUGAAACAUAAUAGCAAAAUGUUUCUUCUGAUUCUUUCAGCGUUCAUAUCAUUUAUAGCUAUCACUGAUGUCAAGAGUAGUUAUUAAUUACAAUAAGAGCACAUAUAGACGAUUUUUAACAUUGAAAAAUAUAAAAACACCUUUCCAGAAUUCAGGUGGAAUUUAAUCUCCUGGUGUCAUUAUAUGGUUAAAAUUGCUUUUCUGAGAAGAUUUCUAGAUUUUAAUGGCAGGGUCAGGUUUAAUAUUAAGCAAACUAACAGGAAUGAAUGAUUCAGCAUACAGAGGGUUUUUUGGUAUCCUCUCCCUCUCUCCCAUCCCCUCUUCUCCCCUCCCCACCUCUCUCCUCCUCUCCUCUCCUUUCUUUUUCUAGAUCACAAACUGAGAUUCUAAUCAUAGCAUUUAGGUUUUGAAGAUUUGGAAAAUGGAAUUCUACUAGUCUCACUUUUUAUUGUCCCUGUAAACUUGAUUAAUAGGUCAAGUUCAGGUCUGGGACUAUUCAGCAGGAGUUGAGGGAUAUCACACUCCUUGAGGGAUAGAUAUUAUAUGAUUUAUAAUAGGCCAAAUUAUUGUUUCCUUGAACAUUGCCUAUUAUGUUCAGACAAAUGACUUGGAAAUCAAUGGGAACUUGGCUUACAAAAGGCAUAAAUUAAGCUUCAAAUUCUGUUAAAUUGUGGCAGCUUCCUGAAAGCUAAUUUCACUUAUUUAUUGAAAUAAUAGACUUUAAUAGAUAUUGUGAAGCAUUCAAACAUGUGGAUGGCCUGGUGUCUGCCUGCAAAGAAUCUAUACUCUAGUAGAGGAGACAGGAUACACUACUCCUAGUUAUAAUGCUAGACACAAGGGUAAGAUAGGGUAAGAUAAAUGUCAUCUACAGGCUCCACGCUUCCUGCUGAGAAUUCACAGGCCAGUAGAAUCAUUUCCAGCUGGGGGUAAGCAGGGUAGGCUUUUCAAGAAGGUGGCUUUAAGCAACAUUGAAGAUAGUUUUUUUCUGAUCUUUCUGGAGAGGUGGAAUUUCCCAAGUAUAUACUUUCUCAGCCCUCGUAACCCUUUCAAUAUCUACUUUUUACAAUUAUUUUCAUGGUUAUCAAUUAAUGUCUAUCUCCCUUUCUAGACUGAUUCUGCUCACCAUAAUAUUCCUGGAAGCUGGCAUGAUACUUGGCUUACAGAAAGUUCUUAAUACAUAUUUUUUUGGAUAAAGAACAAUUUACUGAGCCCCUCUGUAUGUCAGGCACAUGCCACAGAUAGCCUCACUUCUUCCUUACAAUGAUUCCUGGAGACAGGUGUCAUUGUCCCUAAGGAACUAAGGCCUGAGAAGCUCACCAAUUUGCCUGUGAUCUCAGGAACAAUAUGCAGAUUCAGUCCUAGACUGAAGUAUAUAAAAUAUGCUUUUGUACCUAGCCACUUUUGUGGCUAGUAUAGCAGGAUCAUGAUUUGAGUGGUUCUUAAGGAGGGGGGAGGAAUUGACCAUCAGAAUCCAAACAGGGCUCUGUAAGCAUGGAAGAGGAAGAAGAAAACUGUCAGGUGCCUCUGUGAAUGUUUCUCCUCAAUUCCAAGGAGAUGUGCAGGGAGAUGUGUUUAAAAAUAAAACACAGGCUUGGUUUUUCCCCCAGAACAAUCUCUUGAGGCGUGCUAAGGCUAUUCUUUAAGCAUGUCUCAGUGCCGAAACUUUCAUGAUGGGUCUCCACAAAGUUGUCACGGCAUCAUUAUCUCUCUCCAAAAUUAUGUCUAUUUUCAGAUGGACUGUAAAAAUAGCACAUCUAUUUUCACACAGAAGAGUGGUAUCAGUGUGUGAUAUUACAAAAGCAGGCACAUCUGUAAUGAAGAGCCACACAGUAGGCAUUAUAUUUCUUUCAUAACCGUAUGCCAAUUUCCUUUUAGGGAAUUGCCUUUGACCCAUGGAACAAUGUCUUGAUAGGACUGUUAAUCAAAGUUUCUUGCUAAUCAGCCAACGGAUGACAUGUGGCCAGAGCUAGACCAAUCUGACCUUCUUUAUCAGGACUUUGGUUUAUAGGUGCAAUGAUGUACGGGCAAGAAAAAAAAUGACUGGAGCUUAUUCAUUCCAGCAGCAGAGUUGAGUCAUUCCUGCUUUUAAACUCCCCAACACACCCCGAACUCCCAUCAAACUGCCUUGGUUCUGAGUCUGGUUCUCUAGCCUUCCCUUUGAUUCUGUGAGCUACCAAUAAUAUCUUUGUAAAAUAUCCUUUUCCUGCUUAAGUUUCCAGACUUGGCUUCUGUUGCCUGCUGAAUAUAACAUCUAACAUCUAUUUUAUUUAGUAAAGUCAUAGGAUGUCUGAGCUGUAGGAAAUCUUAUAGAUCAUCUGGCUAACUCCUCCAUUUUACAGCUGAG